UUGAGGGCUGGAGGAUGUCGCCGCCAACGAAGAAAAUGUUCAACGGUGACGUCACUGUCACUCUAUUCUCUUCUAUUCUCGUCAUGUUCCCCACUUCUGUUCUGACUAUUUCCAUUUUUGUUAAUUUUAAUAUUUUGGAUGUUUCUUCUGUCCACCAAAUUAUAUAAUAAUUGGGUCGAUUGAAUCGUGCAGUCUCCUCAAGCAACAAAACUCUUUCCUCCCCAGCAUCAAACUCUUAUCCUCUUUGCUAUUGUGUUUGUGGUUCCAAAAAAUAAGUCAGGGCAUAUUCUUUUCCCUCGUAGCCUAUUUAGCCAUGUGUCUUUUUCAAUGUGGUACACAUUUGAUGAUUUUUUUAAAGCUUGGUUUGAGUAUCUUUUGUUGGCACCUAAGAUUUGUCAAAGUUUGGAUUUUCAGAACAAAUAUAUAUAUAUAUAUAUAUAUAUAUUACAAUUGGGUCAAUAAAAAGAAACAUAUUAUUUUCUAUAAUAUAUGUGAUGCAAGCAAGGCUGAGGCUUGUCUUUAUUCAUUCUAUUACCAAUGGGUGGUUGAGGCCAAAAACUGUUCAUUUAACAAGAGGCCAAAGACUGUUCAUUCAACAUAUUAUCUACUGACGCUUCUUUGUUUAAGUAGAAGAAGAAGUAAGACGACUUUUGUUUCACCAGAGAUAUUUCUCAUUCAUAAAAACGAAAGCGUCUCGUCUCAAACAUUUCUGGGAUUAUCAGCCGAGUUUUGGGCAACCAUGAACAGGGAUCAAGUUUUAGAGUAUGUCGAAACGGAUCCGACUGGUCGCUACGGACGUUUUGCAGAAGUUCUUGGAAGAGGAGCGAUGAAGACAGUAUACAAAGCAAUCGAUGAGAUGCUGGGAAUAGAAGUAGCGUGGAGCCAGGUGAAGCUAAAAGAGGUUCUGCGUUCCUCUGUUGAUCUACAGAGGCUCUACUCCGAGGUUCAUCUUCUCAGCACUCUCAACCACAAAUCUAUCAUUCGUUUCUACACUUCGUGGAUCGAUGUUCAUUCCCAUACUCUCAACUUCAUCACCGAACUGUUCACUUCUGGGACCCUCCGACAAUACAAAAAUAAGUACUUGCGGAUAGAUAUCCGAGCGAUCAAGUCCUGGGCUCGGCAGAUCUUGGAAGGGCUUGUUUAUCUCCAUGAGCACGACCCUCCUGUAAUCCAUAGAGACCUUAAGUGUGAUAACAUCUUUGUUAAUGGCCAUCUUGGACAAGUCAAAAUUGGCGAUCUUGGUCUUGCAAGAAUGCUGCGGGACUGCCACUCUGCCCAUAGUGUCAUUGGCACUCCCGAGUUCAUGGCUCCAGAAUUAUAUGAGGAGAACUAUAAUGAACUCAUUGACGUUUAUUCCUUUGGUAUGUGCUUUUUGGAGAUGAUUACCUCUGAGUUCCCGUAUAGUGAGUGCACCAAUUCGGCGCAGAUCUACAAGAAAGUUGUUGCGGGAAAGCUACCAGGUGCGUUUUACAGAGUUGGGGACUUGGAGGCACAGAGGUUUAUCGGGAAAUGCCUUGUGUCUGCCUCAUUGAGAGUGUCAGCAAAAGAACUAUUGCAAGAUCCAUUUCUCGCGUCUGAUGAGUCCUGGAUGGUGUAUGCGAGCGGUGCUAGGAAUUUAAAGCCCUUCUUGAACGAGAAUGAAAUGGACAGGCUGAAGUUGGAAGAGGAUGAGUUAGGAAGGACCCAGAUGACCAUCACCGGGAAGCUGAACGAUGAAGAUAACACAAUCUUUCUGAAAGUAGUAAUCGCAGAUGAAAAGGGUAUGGCAAAAAACGUGUCUUUUCCCUUUGACAUCACGAUUGAUACUUCCAUUGAUGUUGCAACGGAGAUGGUAAAAGAACUCGAGAUUACAGAAUGGGAGCCAGUCGAGAUUGCUAAAAUGAUUGAUGGAGAGAUCUCUUCUUUGGUGCCUGGUUGGAGGUACGAGGAAGAUGAUGAAACCCCUCAUGAUUAUCAUCAUCGUACCACUCCUUCAUACUCUUCUUCCUCGCAUUCAUCAUCCUCUCAAGCCUCACUCUCUAACUAUAUGGCACGAGGCCGUCAAGAUUGGAUACAAGAUGAUUUUCACGAUGAGACGUAUUCUCAGAGUUCUUCCAAUUCAGGGUCUUACUCCAACCUCAACUACAUAUCUGUUGAUGAGCACAGCUCCCAACCUCCUGUUAUGACCAGAACUCACAACGUGACGAGGUUUUGCCCGGGAGAAAGCUCUCAUCUACAGUCAGGACAAGCCAACAUGUAUGCAGCUUCUAGUUCGGGUAACAGGAGAUUGGCCUCAGAAAACCGCACACUCACGAGGAACAGAUCACUUGUAGACGUGCAGAGCCAGCUACAGCAGCAGCGGUCGUUGGUGGAAGAGGCUAGAAAAAGAAGGUUGAUCAGAACUGUUGGAGACGUCGAAACAGUUGGUUUUCAGUCACCUUAUGCGAUUUCCCGGAAGCCACGAAGCUCAAGGCGCUAGCUUCUCCCGUAUAUUGGAAAUACGGUGAAAAUUAUUCUUGUAGUUAUCAUCUGUAGUGUAAUGUGAAAAAACAAAAUUGCUGGUUCAAAAAUGUAAAAAUGUAAACUCAUGUGUUUAAAAAAGCUGUACAGAGGCUGCGUUUGGGUUAGUCAAACCACAUGUCAACGGUUUAUUCCGUGGAUGGGCUAAAGAACUCGGAGGUUAUAUAUAAGAAGUUCCACUUAA